AUGAAGUUCAACAACAUCAUCGCCGUCUCCUCUCUCUUGGUGCUGGCUACUGCCCAGUCCACCACUACUAGCGCGUCCUCCACCACCGCCAGCCUGUCACCCGAGGCCUCCUGCGCCGCCAAAUGCAGUUCUAGUGACAUUUGCUGCAUUGCUGGAUGUUUCCAUGUCCCCUGCCCUAGCGACCAGCAGGCCAACGACACUGUCAGCUGUGUUGCUGCGUGCCCUCAGGGCUCUGGCACUCCUAGCGACACUGACAAGUAUGCCUCGUGCCAGAGCAGCUGCUACAGCAGCCACUUCUUCCCCGCGACCAUGACCAAUGCUGGUUCCACCGGCACUGGUGUCAGCUCCAACACCGCGACCACCACCGGCUCUUCUGGCUCCAAGUCCACAUCUGGCUCCAGCACUGCUACCAGCAGCGGCUCUACCUCCAGCUCGACUCACAACGCUGCUGCUGUUAACCAGCUGCAGCUUGGUGUCUCUGCCGCCGGUCUCCUUGGCUUCGUUUUUGCUGCCUGGGCUCUGUAA